CCUCCCAGAUGCGAGAACGACGGCUCAGCGCAGAGCACCGGUGGCCGCCUACCCCUCUCCUGCAGCUUCGCGCCGCGCGCUUUCGCCCGGUCCCCGCGCGCCCCGCCUGGCCGAGCAGCGCGCCUUCGCCAUGGGCGCCAUGCAGCGGGCGCGUCCUGCGCUCUGGGCCGCGGCGCUGACCGCGCUGGCGCUUCUCCGCGGGCCGCCGGCCGCACGAGCCGGAGCGGGCGCGGCGGGCGCGGGCCCCGUGGUGCGCUGCGAGCCGUGCGACGCGCGCGCCCUGGCCCAGUGCGCGCCGCCGCCCGCCGCGUCCGCGUGCUCAGAGCUGGUGAGAGAGCCGGGCUGCGGCUGCUGCCUAACGUGCGCUCUGCGCGAGGGCCAGCCGUGCGGGGUCUACACCGAGCGCUGCGGCGCGGGCCUCCGCUGCCAGCCUACUCCCGGCGAGCCGCGCCCGCUGCAGGCGCUACUGGACGGCCGCGGGCUCUGCACCAACGCCAGCGCCGCCGGUCGCCUGCGCCCCUACCUGCUGCCCGCGCCGCCCGCGCCAGGAAACAGCAGCGAGUCGGAGGAGGACCACAGUGCGGGGAGCCUGCAGGGCCCGCCCUUCCCUGGCGCACACCGGCUGCCGGACCCCAAGCUGCAGACCCCGCACACCAAGAUGGACGUCAUCAAGAAGGGCCACGCCAAGGACAGCCAGCGCUACAAGCUGGACUACGAAUCCCAGAGCACUGACACCCAGAACUUCUCCUCCGAGUCCGAGUCCAAGCGGGAGGCGGAAUAUGGGCCCUGCCGCCGGGAGGUGGAGGACACCCUGAACCGCCUCAAGUUCUUGGAUAUGCUCAGCCCCGGGGGGAUCCACAUCCCCAACUGCGACAGGAAGGGCUUCUACAAGAAAAAGCAGUGCCGCCCAUCCAAGGGCAGGAAGCGAGGCUUCUGCUGGUGCGUGGACAAGUACGGGCAGCCACUGCCCGGCUUCGACGCCAGGGGGAAGGGCGACAUUCACUGCUACAGCAUGGAGACCAAGUAGACGCUGCUCACCACUUCGCGUGGAGCUCAGAAACGCCUUAUUUUGCACAAGAGAUUGCCAAGGACAUGAUCAGCGUCUGACUACAGCCUCAAUUUAUAUUUCUUUUUGUGGUGAAUUGAUUUUUCUUGUAACCAAAGUUUAGGAAGAGAUGUCUGCAGCGCUAGGGAGCUUCUGGGUGGUGGGCUGGAGCCCCUUCCGCUGCCCGCGGGUCCGUGAGACGCAGCUUGGGCUUUCUUCUCGCUUCCUUUAAAAAUUUUUGUAACUCAGAGCCGCCGGACCUCACCUGUCCCCGAGUGCCCUCCCACGCGGCUGGCCCUCUGCUCCAAGACCGAGCAAGCGUUGCCCCUGUAGAGCGCACGGUCCGUCCCCACUCGGCCUCUGUUCUGCAAGAAUGGGGGACCCCGCGCCCUGCUCUCCGGACAUCUGGGCCCACCUACCCGGAGGCGAGGCCCUGGCGUCCUGGCUCCGGCGGUGACAGAGAUCUCGCGAGUCUUCGAGUGGCCUGUCCUGGGGAACUAGCAGGGAGCACAGGUGGAAAAGAGAAAAAAGACCCAGAAUGUUCUAGGGAGUGACUCCAGAGACAUGCAGGGAGGGGGGCGGGUGACUGGGCUUUGCUACGGGGGGGGGGGGGGGGGGGGGGGACAGCAGGACUCACCCCCUGGAUCCCAGGGCAGGGUUCUUUGAUGACUGACUGCAGAAAAUAGCAUUUUCCUGUUCAGCAAUUCCAGAAGGAGGUUUAUUUUGGGGGGUUUUGUUUUUUGUUAUUUGGGGGUUUUUUUUUAUCUUUUUUUUUUUACCACAAGCUCUAUAAAGACAAAGGAUGUUUAUUUUUUUCUCUCGCCUUUGUCCUCCUUGGCACAACGUAAAAAGAGUAAAAGCAGUUUCAUCACCUACAAAGACGGCUUGUCGGGGACACUGGGGGCACGCAGAGAAGCUCGGGUCCCCGCCCUUGGCCUCGUGCUGCAUGAGUCACACGCAGGCGCAGAGGAAGGACGUUCUCCACGAGCUGUCCCCCGGAGAGGCCAGGACCCGUGCUGGGUCCCGUAGACAAGACACGAGCCGCACUGGCCGAGACAGAGAAACACCAAGUCCCCGGCGAGUGGGGCUCAGGCGGCAGGGGAGCGGGGACGCCCCCUGGUGGAUGCGCCCCCGCCCGGCCUUCCCCCAGAGCGCCAAGGGCUCUCCAGGCCCUCUGCCUACCUAUUAACUUUCCUUUAUUUUUUUAAUUAAGUUUUUGGGAAAAAAAGGUAUUUUUGAACAGUUUGUCUUGCAUUGUAUUUAUAAAUAGUAAAUAAAGUUUUUACCGUAAAAACC